AUGGCCCUCGAUGCCGAGGAUGCCACUGCCUUGGGCUACCUCUUCAGUAAUGUGAGCUUUCCAGGGGCGUCGUCUGUCGCUCCGCUCCGUUGCACGCGCGCCACACCCGCCGGGGCGCCGCUCUUCGCGAUCCCCUGGGCCAAGUGUUGGACCCAAGAGGCAGCCGAGCGCUGUCCAGAAGUGGAGGCUGCGUUGACGGUCGCAGGGCGAAGGAAUCCCAGCUGCGAGCUGCUGCACCGCAGCUCCACUUGGAUCGUUCUACACCUCCUCUUUGAGUCCCAGACUACACCUGCACCUGUGCAGCACGUGCUUCGCGUGACCGAGACUGGGGCGCAGCCAUUGAUGUUCUGGGCCGAGGAGGAGUUGCAAGAGCUGCGAGGAAGCUACUGGCACCAAGAGGCGCUGCGACGGAAGGAGCAGCUGCGCUUGGAGUACUUGGAGCUCCAAGAGGAGCUGGGAGACGAAGUGAGUCAACGUUUGGGCCUCUCGGCAUCAGGCUUUCUGAAGGCUCACAUGGCCCUCUUGCUGGCUGGCCUGGACUUUGGUGACAAAGGCUUCGUCCUCCUCCCCGGCCUCCAAGGCACCCCGAGCAGCACCAGCCAGACCACGAAAAGGACCGAACUCAGCGCUGAUGAGCUGAGCGCGGCUCAGGGGCUGCAGCUGCUGCCGAUGCCAGGCUGCGGUCCUGUGCUGGUGGCGACUGCCCGGACGAGCUACGCUGCCGGCGAUCUGGUGGAGAUCUUUCAUCGCGGCCAAUGCCUGGGGUCAGGCUGCAGCCUGGCGACCUUCGGGUCCUUGCCGUGGUGCAGCGCUUGGGAGGAGGUCAUCGUCACGCUCCGCCUAGGUCCGGAGGUCCUGGAGAUGGGCGCGGUGGAUUUUGCGCAAACGGCGGGGCAGCUGGAGGAGGCGUUGCAGAGGGAUCUGCGCGAGCGGCCGCCGGUGCAGCGAGCAGGACAGAAGCUGACGAAAUAG